UAUAUUUAUCAGGAUCAUCAAGAAUCAUCAGAACAUUCAGAACAGGUCACUUAUUUGAAAAAUUGAACAUGUCGGGAGGAGCACUUUUUGGAAAUAAUGCAUCUCGUAGUACUUCGAAAAAUUUGGUCGAAUUUAAAGCUGGGAAAAUGACUAUGAAAGGUAAAAUGGUUUAUCCAGAUACGCGAAAAGGACAACUUUACGUUUAUCAAUCUGACGAUUCCUUGAUGCAUUUCUGUUGGAAAGAUCGUACAACAGGAUUUGUUGAAGAUGACUUAAUUAUUUUCCCCGAUGAUUGUGAAUUUAAACACGUACCUCAGUGUAAAAAUGGAAGAGUCUAUCUUUUACGAUUCAAAUCAUCAAACAAAAAAUUCUUUGUAUGGCUGCAGGAUCUUAAAACAGACAAAGAUGAAGAAUAUUGUAGAAAAAUUAAUGAAGUUCUUAAUAAUCCUCCGACUCCUGGGUCACAAAGAAGUGGUAACAUAAAUCAAGAAGGAGACCUUCAAAAUUUAUUAAACAACAUGUCACAACAGCAAUUAAUGCAAUUGUUUGGAGGUGUAGGACAAAUCAGUGGUCUAGGUAGUUUAUUGGGUACCAUGAACAGACCACAGGGUGUACAGAGUACUAGGGCUUCUACGACGACUGCAUCGACUCGAGUUUCUACAAAUGCUGCAAGACCUGUGACUCAAAUGGUGUCUUCACCUGCACCCAGUAAUGAUACCGCUAAAUCUAAUGAUGACAAUAAACAAUCAACAAGAACACCAGCUCCAUCAACACCAGGAGCAACUACAAGUACCAACAACAAAAUACAACUAAGCGACCUACAGAACUUUUUAUCUGAAAUUCCAACACCAGCAGGAGCAGAAUCCGUUGUUCAGAGGGGCGUAGCAACUGAGCUGACCAAUGCCAUCCGUGCGGCGAUCUCUGCUUCGGAAAGCUUGGAGCGCGAAAUGAGCCCGCACUUACCACCAGGGGAUCAACUGUGUACCACGCUAUUGUCUCCCCAGUUCUCCCAGGCGCUAUCAAUGUUCUGGUCUGCUUUGCAGUCAGGCCAGGCGGGACCUGUCAUCCGACAAUUUGGCUUGGGACCGGAUGCUGUCAAUGCUGCAACCAGUGGAAACAUUGAAGAGUUCAUCACUGCUCUUGAAACUGAAGCUAAGACUGGCCAAGAGCAGACACAGCAAGGACAAGAGGACACUAAUACAAAACAAACGUCGCCAGCAUCUAGUCCUGAUAAGAAAGAUGACGAUGAAGGAAUGGCGUUAGAUUAAAAACAAAAUUAAAUGAGUCUAAUUUCAUUUAUAUUUUCAUUUAGGAGGUAUGCAACAUGUAUUACGUUAUAAUCACUUAUGUGUAAUAAAUUCUUCCUUGAA